CGCCAAACCAUCGUGCGUGCACAUCGAGAACAGCAUCAGGGAGCUGGGAUCACCGCCGCCCGAGUUCACCGACAACCGUGCUGCUCAAGACGGAGCCCUCCGCGAGCUCCUCUCCUGCGCCAACCUGUACGGGUCUGGCGCCGCCUCGCCAUCUCCAUGCGUCCGCGAUCGAGUCGCAUGGCCCGCUGGUAGUGCUGCGCCCGUCGACCUGAUCGACCUUGCGCAGCCUCAGGACAGGGCAUGGCUGGAGGGAUGGCGGAGCCAUAUGCUUCGAGAUCGGCGCGCCGCCGAGGCCCUGGCGCAGGCUGCCUGCCCACGCGGGCCUUGCUGCGACCCGAGCCUGGUUCGUGAUGCGAGUAUCUACGGCGAGUUGUUGAUUCAGAUGUACCAGAGGCAGAUGGAGAUGGGCAUGAUCGACCGGGACUUCGAUCCGUCCGCGCGCGUGACGCCCAUGGUCACCGUUCUCCCGAUGGGCUUCUCGUGGGCGCUGCACUUCUGCCAGUCUGCAGCGCGCGCAGUCCUAGCUGCGAGCGGACGUGAGGGGGUCAUGACCGCGCUGGACGGCCAGCCGGGCGUUGUGGCCACGGACCCCGUCACCGUUGGCGUCGGCGCCUACGUCGACAACAUCUUGGCGUUCGGCGCUGACAUGAGCGCGGUCGACCGGGUCAUGGCGCAGCUUGUGUCGGCCUUUCGCGCCCCUGGGAUACCCGUGCACGAGAUCGAGCCUGCCGCCUUGGACGCGGACUUCUUGGGUCUCAGCCUGAAGCACGGAAGGUUUUUGCGCAUCAAGCCUCGUAACAUCUGGCGGCUGCACGCGGCGAUCUCUGGGCUUCUUCGCCGAGGCUGGUGCAGUGGCGACAUGAUGCGGGCAGUGCUGGGGCACGUCACCUGGUCAUCGAUGAUACGCCGCGAGGCCCUCGCAGUUCUCCAUAGCGUUUACAGCUUCGUGGCGGCUUGCGGCGAGAGGCAGGGCAGGAUAUGGCCGUCGGCGGCGAAGGAGCUGGUCGCUAUUCGAGACCUGCUUCCUCUCUUGUCAUGCGACCUCGCCUCGAGCUGGCAUCGCACGAUGACUGCCAGCGAUGCCUCUCCUUUCGGGCUCGGGGUGAUGCGCCGCCGCGCCCCGCGCCCCGCCUGUGCCGCCAUUGGCCGUUGUUCAGAGAGGUGGAGGUUCAAAGUUGAGGGCGGGCACCAGGCCCGCCUUCGGUCACUGCGAGAGGGCGGUCUAGACCAGCUCAGCCCUGUGCGAGAAAAUGCCGCCAUUGCUGACUGUCAUCCUACCUCGGAGCGAUUGAAGCCAGACAUCCAACAUGACAGCCCUGCGGGUUUCCCUGCAUGUCCGCCGCUGUCGGGCACGCUCAAGGACCGCUGUGAUCGGCUAGCCCGACACGAGGACCCUCGCCGGAAGCUCAUGGGCCUGCGCGUGGACCCUCGCGCGGAGCUCGCAUGCCAGCACGAGGACCCCUACUACUCCAUGGGCCAGCACGGGGACCCCUACGAGGAGCUCAUGGGGGUCAACGAGGUGCUCGCUCAGCCUCCCAGUGGCGCCUCUUGGGUUCAUAAUGCUGCGGUCUUGGGCGACCGUUGGGAGAUGGACGAGACCCCUGGUCAUAUUACUCGGGAGGGCGCUUGGAGCUCGGUAUCAGCCCAGUCGGUCUCCACGGGGGCCAACAUACUCUACCUGGAGGGGGGGGCGCUGGUCACAUCGUAUCGGCAUCAGCUCCGCAGUCUGGGCGCUCAUGGGGCUCGCUUGGUGGCACUCGUCGACAACCUCCCGCUAGCUCUCGCUUGCGCGAAGGGGAGGGCUCGGUCAUUACAUUUGAGGUCGUGCCUGAACCAGUUGUGUGCUUUGUCGCUCGCCACGGGCUCGAAGCUCUUCGUGCGCUGGAUUGCCUCAGAGCGUAGCCCAGCUGAUGCCCUCAGCCGAGGGAAGCUCGGCUGGUUCAACGACCCGUCAGCUCAGCCAUGCGAGGGCCCGCCAUGGGCGCCGCGGUACUCGCGCUGCUCUUCGGGCCCCUGCUCGAGGUGCGGGCCGCGCCGCGGCGGACGGGGCCUGCGCCCUCAGCCCGGACGCGCCACCGCGCGAAGCUGGCGUCGGCUGCGGCACGCGGGCGGACGCUUGCGGGCUCCCUGGCGCUCCUGGAGCAGCUGGCGGCGCGGCCGACCGCGGAGGGCCUAUCGCCAGCUCCUGCAGACGUUCGUCGCGUACUGCUCAGACCGCCGCCGGGACUGGGGGAACCUGAGCGAGCUAGACAACCUGCUCGCCGAGUACUUCACCUCGCGGUGCAUCUCGGGGGCGGCGGCGAGCGUCGGGUCGCAGACGGUCGCGGCGCUGGCUCAUUUCAUUCCCGGUCUCCCGAGGCAGGUGAGUUCGCUCCUGCCCCACGCCUUUCGAGCGAUGCAGGCGUGGCGGAGACGGACCCCAACCCUCACUCGGUUGCCGAUCCUUCGGGCGGUCAUGUUCGCGCUGGCUGGCGUCAUGAUUGCGCGGCAGCAAGCGCCCAUGGCGGCGCGGCUGGCGAUCGCGUUCUCGGCGUACCUCAGGCCCGCCGAGGCUCGGCGACUCACGGCGGACAGCAUCGCACAGCCGUCAGCUCUGGCAGGGGCAGCAUACCAGUUUUGGGGCCUGCUGCUGGGCCCGGCGGACCGCGGUCAGGCAGGCAAGACGGGCUCCUUCGACGAGUCUAUCCUCUUCGACCUCGACCUGUACCUGGUACCAGUGCUCAUGGCCCUCCGUUGCAGAGGGGGUCCAGGGACACCGCUGUGGAGCUUCUCCCUCUCAGAGCUGAACAGGAUGUUCGCUCUGGCAGCUGCGGCGCUGGGGAUAUCCCAGUUGCGGCCUCGCCUGUGCGGCAUGCGCCACGGCGGAGUGAGCAACGAUUUGCUGACCCAGCGGAGAUCGCAAGAACAAGUCUACCGACGAGAGCGCUGGGCUGCGCCAUCGUCAAUGAGACGGCACGCCAAAGAGACGGCCUUCUUGCGCGAGCUGCAGGGGGUCCACCCAGACGUGUGCGCCUUCGGCGACUUGAUCGCGCAGCACUUUUGCCUUCUGGUCGAGAAGGGCUUCCUCGGCGCCGGGCUGCAGCAGCUCAUCCCAGCCGGCCUGGCGACCUCGGUCCUGUCCGGGCUAGGCAGCAAGCCCAG